AUGUCAGAAGAAGAGAGUGGUAUCAGCCCACCAGAGCCAACUGAAUUGGAGCAAGCGAUUCAGGACAUUAUUGAAAGGAGGGAUGAAGCACAGAGUGAAAUGGCCAGGGCUGGUGAGAGAGUUGCAGAAAAGGAGAAAGAAACAGCUGAAUCUGUAAGAAAACGCUCUAUGGAAAGAUUGGGAGAGACAAGGGAGAGAGAGUGUCAGGAAGGUGGGAGAAAAAGAAGAAAGGCUGAUGGGGACAAAGAGGUGAUCAACUAUAUGCGAGAAAAGACUGACAGAGAUCGGCAACUAAAAAGAGAAGAGUUUGAAUUGAGAAGAAGAGAGAUUGAGGUAAAAGAAAAGGAAAUUAAGAUAAAAGAGAAAGAGAUUGAGAUAAAAGAAAAAGAGAAGGAGAGAGAAUGGGAAGUUAAGAAGUGAGAGCUAGAAAUGAAGGAAACAAAUAAUGAGGCAAGGGCAAAUAGGGACAGGGAUAUGAUGGUCAUGUUUCAGCAGCAGCAAGGGCAAAUGCAGCAUCAGAACCAACUGCUGCUUGAUGUUGUCAAUAAGCUGUUGGACAAAUUUACUUAAAUUUUAGUCAUAUUGACACUAAAAUUGAAAUAUUUUCCUAAAUAAGCCUCUCUAGAAUCAACAUAUUAAACAAGACCUUCUGUUUAAUAAACCUUGCCACUAUUUUGCUACUAGAUUUAAAAAACACCUUUUUUACAGAUAUCAAUUUUUAAAUAUUAAGACAGCUUCUAUAUAAGCUCCAAAAGUUUAAAGGAAUCAAUUUGAUCUAAAUGUGUUGAGUUUUACAUCAUUUGUUUGUUAUCCAUGAAUUUUGUAAAGUAUCUUGUAUCUUUAAUGAUUUAGGCCUUUUGUGCAUAACUCAAUUAGGCAAUUACAAUCCUAGAAACUGUACUUGGUUCUCCAAGAAUUUCUUUAUGAGUUAACUGACUAUCAUUAUCAGGAAAGUACCACUUAAAACUGUUAUAUUCUUUACACUAAAAACAUAUACAGUAAAUAUCUACAAAGCACUAAAUAACAAAACAGUGAACACUGAUUCUUUUCAUCCAAUCAACUAUGCAAGACACAGUUUUAGUUUCAUUCUUGAAAAAUCUGUGAAGUGUAGAAGAUGUUUGAAAGGAAGAUGGCAAUUUUUUUGCUUAGCUUGAUGACCAAUUUGCUACUUAGGGGGCUGGUUAAUGAAAUAUUUGGUUAAAAGUAUAUUUUAUUCAUAAACAAGCAACAUUCUUGGUUUGUUUGAUAGUACAUUUUCAAUGCUUUCAAUGUUUGUAAGACCUCAAUAUCAACCUUAUAUAUCACAUUUACAUCAAUCAAAAUCCAAAUUUUUUUUGCUGUAUUUCUAUAGCAUUAUCUGAUUGUUUGUCAUGAAGAGGCAAAAAUCCAAAUUGAAAACAUGCAAAUUUUCAUAAGAAACAAAUACUGGAAAAUCAGUAAGCAAUCAAGACAGUUAAUAGAAAAGGGCUCUCAUAAAAAUUCAUCUACAUGAUACAACUAUAGACAGAGAAUAAAAUAAAUUACCCUCAUCUAUGUACAGCAUUAUAAUGGAAGUGAAUCUUUUGACAGAGAUGUAAAGUGCAUUUGAAACCAAGCAAGUCUCACCAUUUGCAACUUCAAUUGAUUCUCCCCAACAAAUUUGUGCUUGGCAAUUCCCAAGAAUGGAAAGUCAAAUAGAGGGCUGCAAAAUAUUAAAAUAAUUAAGAAACUCUCAAGAAACAAUGAGCAUUAAAUUUUUGAAAAAGGAGUAUAAGAAACUGGAGUUAAUACUUCACCAGGGAGGGACAUAGAUCAACAUCAGGAAGUGGGCGAACAAUGCAUCAGCCCUUAAACUGCCUGAACAAUUAUACCUUUUAUGGGCGGUGAUUGUAACAGGGAAAAUAUUUCCGGCUAAUGCACCUGUCCCACGGCAAAAGAACCGCGGGAAAAGAGAGAGAGGAAAAAAAAAAAUUAGGAAACAUAUGAAGGAAAGAAAGAAAAUAGGGAAGGGGAGGAGGGCGGGUAAUAAAAAUCCAAGAAAACAACGCUUGAAACUUUAAUCUUGACUUUCUAGAGGUUAGAUCACCAUGUGACUGGAAGAUCGUGCCACUCAGCACGACAUGUCAAGUGUCCCAAACCCAUGCUCCUCCCUGGUGGCAUUAACUGCUGUUAAACCUCUGCGCAUCUAACAGAUAUUUAAUACUUCACCAGGGAGGGACAUAGAUCAACAUCAGAAAGUGGGCGAACAAUGCAUCAGCCCUUAAACUGCCUGAACAAUUAUACCUUUUAUGGGCGGUGAUUGUAACAGGGAAAAUAUUUCCGGCCAAAGGACACAUAGUGUACCCACCAAUCACCAACCAUAAAUUUAGCAUAUCCUAACUGAACUAACAAACGGCUCUGGGCCACCGGCAUUUUCGCCAAACAACAUCAAAAUAUGGAAUGAAAACAUCGGCCAAAGGCCAGAAAAAAUCGGCAGAAAGCCAACGGCGUUUACGCCAAAUUAUAAAGUUAAAUAAAGCAACGGCCUAAAAGGCCAUAAAAACAAACGGCACUGAGCCACCAGCAUUUUUGCCAAACAAUAUUAAAAUAUGGAAUGAAAAAACAUCGGCCAAAGGCCAGAAAAAAUCGGCAGAAAGCCAACGGCGUUUACGCCAAAUUUUAAACAUAAAUAAAGCAUAAAACAAACGGCACUGAGCCACCGGCAUUUUCGCCAAACAACAUCAAAAUAUGGAAUGAAAACAUCGGCCAAAGGCCAGAAAAAAUCGGCAGAAAGCCAACGCAUUUACGCCAAAUUAUAAAGUUAAAUAAAGUAACGGCCUAAAAGGCCAUAAAAACAAACGGCACUGAGCCACCGGCAUUUUUGCCAAACAAUAUUAAAAUAUGGAAUGAAAACAUCGGCCAAAGGCCAGAAAAAAUCGGCAAAAAGCCAACGGCGUUUACGCCAAAUUUUAAACAUAAAUAAAGCAUAAAACAAACGGCACUGAGCCACCGGCAUUGAUGCCAAACACCAUUAAAAUAUGGAAUGAAAACAUCGGCCAAAGGCCAGACAAAGCGGCAGGAAGCCAACGGCGUUAACGCCAAAUUUUAAAGUUAAAUAAAGCAAUUGCCAGGCCCUAAAACAAACGGCACUGGGCCACCGGCGGCAUUUUACCAAAUAACAUUAUAAUAUGUAAUGAAAACUUAGACCAAAGGCCAGGAAAAAAAAAAUGGUCGUAAGGCAACGGUGUUUAGGCCAAAUUUUAAAGUUAAAUAAAGUAACGGCCAAAGGCCAUAAAACCAAACGACACUAGGCCACCUGACAUUUUUGCCAAACAAUAUUAAAAUAUGGAAUGAAAACAUCGGCCAAAGGCCAGAAAAAAUCGGCAGAAAGCCAACGGCGUUUACGCCAAAUUUUAAACAUAAAUAAAGCAUAAAACAAACGGCACUGAGCCACCGGCAUUUUCGCCAAACAACAUCAAAAUAUGGAAUGAAAACGUUGGCCAAAGGCCAGAAAAAAAAUCGGCAGUAAGCCAACAGCGUUUACGUCAAGUUUUUAAAGUUAAAUAAAGCAAUGGCCCAAAAGGCCAUAAAACAAACGGCGCUGAGCCACCGGCAUUUUUGCCAAACAACAUUAAAACAUGGAAUGAAAACAUCGGCUAAAGGCCAGAAAAAAUCGGCAGUAAGCCAACAGCGUUUACGUCAAAUUUUAAACUUAAAUAAAGCAUAAAACAAACGGCCGUGGGCCACCAGCAUUUUGCCAAACACCAUUAAAAUAUGGAAUGAAAACAUCGGCUAAAGGCCAGAAAAAAUCGGCAGUAAGCCAACAGCGUUUACGUCAAAUUUUAAACUUAAAUAAAGCAUAAAACAAACGGCACUGAGCCACCGGCAUUUUUGCCAAACAACAUUAAAACAUGGAAUGAAAACAUCGGCUAAAGGCCAGAAAAAAUCGGCAGUAAGCCAACAGCGUUUACGUCAAAUUUUAAACUUAAAUAAAGCAUAAAACAAACGGCCGUGGGCCACCAGCAUUUUGCCAAACACCAUUAAAAUAUGGAAUGAGAAACGUUGGCCAAAGGCCAGAAAAAGUCGGCAAUGAGCCAACGGCGAUCACACCAAAAUAUUAAAGUUAAAUAAAACAAUGGCCUAAAGGCCAUAAAACGAAACGGCACUGAGCCACUGGUAAUUAAGUAGUCCAAGUAAUUAAAAUAGUGAAAAUGCUAUGUCAGAAACAUGAAGAAAAAAAAAGCUACAUCACUUCAAUAAGUGAAUUUUGAACAACAACAAAAAACUGAACCAGCAAAUUGACAAAGGGUAAAAUAGUCUUGAACAGAACAUAUUAGGGAACAUAACAAUUAAUCGAAAUAAAAUGUCUUUGCCCACCAAAGUUAACCACUACUUAAAGUAGAGGCUGAUGCCAGACAUCUUGAAGCAGUUAUUAAGCGAGUUUGCGAAAGCUUGAUAUAAACUUGAUAGGCCUCACUUGACCAGCGACCAAGUGCCUUUAUCAGAUAUUCAGGGAAGCCUAAAGAGGCAGCCGUAGAAGCAGCCCCUACACGAAAGCUGUGCAGCGUGAAACGACCAUUCCAGCCAGCUGAUAAUAAAGAUUUCUGUAGCCAACUGUUAAGUCUAUUCUUAGUCAAGAAGGCACCAUUCGAAAACAGGAACAGUGGACCAGACCUUUCUCCACGAAGACGAAUAUAUGUCAUAAGGGCUGUUACUGGACAUAAAACAGAGUCAGAACGGGCAAGUAAAAUUGAGCAACCUUUGCCAAACUGAUCUGUCUUAGACCUGGACAAUGCAAUAGAUACAACUGAUGGAACAGGCAUCUUGUCUACAGAUAUCUUAUCAAGAGAUAAAUGCAACCCUUCUGAAAAAUGGUUUGAAGGGACAGUAAAUUCGGCUGCCCUUAAGAACCCGAAAAAGGCAGUACAACAUGCAUCCCAAAGCAUAGCAUCGUCAAAUUUUGUCAAA